CGUCCAUUCAAAAGUUAACCGACAUUUGAUCUGUCAACGUGCUGCAGUGACGGCAAACGAACAACUUGCCCCAAAUUUGGGAAAAGUUUGGUUUUUGAACGCGUUUGUGUUGAAUCGUAUUUGCAUUAAGCAAAAAUUAAAAGAAAAAGGAAAAUUGAAACAGUGGUUUUCACGAAUUUUUACGAAUCGAUAAAAAGGAGUUUUCUCUUUUGCAAAUAUACGGAUUGAUAGAUAGACGACACGUUCGUUCAUAUCUGUGAGAUGAAUAUGCUGCACACCCAACUGCUCUUCCUGGCGCUUUGCUGCCUGGGCUAUGUCUGCUGCACUCCGGUAAUUGCCCAGGACGAGGCACGGAACCAUGUCUCCAGUGUCAAUGACGGCGACAACGACAUGCUUUUGAAUGCGGGUGAGGAUGUGCAGGAAGCUGGAGGCGACAUCGACAAGCGGAUGGAGCGUUACGCCUUUGGGCUGGGUCGACGCGCCUACAUGUACAACAAUGGAGGACCCGGCAUGAAGCGCCUGCCGGUCUAUAACUUUGGACUGGGCAAGCGAUCGCGUCCAUAUUCGUUUGGAUUGGGCAAGCGCAGUGACUACGAGGACGAGGAGGACAACGAGAUUGAUUACAGGGCACUGCCGCCCGGCUUCAUGGCAGCCUUGGGCCGAGGAGGAAGUCGGCAAAACAAGCGGACGACGCGCCCACAGCCGUUUAACUUUGGCCUUGGUAGGCGUUAGGAGGUCAACUCUCGAGUCUAUUCGGAUGUCAAUUGUGAGCCACUAAUAUACAAUUUUAAUUAUUAUAUGACUAUCAAUGGGCUCAGACGUGAACAGGAGGCGCACUUAAUUAACAUUCAAAAACUAAUCUAAAACUGAGAACAUUGCGUAGACUUCGCUCCUUUUAAAUAAAUAUAAAAUGCUUAAAUUUAAA